AUUAUUAUUAUUAUCAUCGAAGUGAUGGCAUUUUUUGCCAUUGUUAAUGGUCGUAAUCUUUUGAAGAUAAAUAACGCAUCAUCAAUUAUUGUUCAUGGUAAACAUGUUAUUGAUUCGAUCAAAACAAAUGCUAUACAGCCGGAUAUGUCUUUUCAAAACAAUAAUAGUAGUACGGUAAAAUAUGAAAUUGAAAAUCAUAAUGAAAAUCGUACAAAUAAAAUUCCUGAAUAUCAUGUUCCAAUUUUGAUACAAAAUGAUUCGAAAAUAAAUCAAUCAGAAAAAUUAACAGAUAAAAAAAAUUAUCAACAAUCAUCAUUUAUUGAUGAACAUGAUGGACAUCAUUACAUUAAAGUUGGUAAUGUAACAAUACCGGAAGAAUUUUUUUCACCUGAAGCACAAGGUUUAUGGGAUUGGAUUAAUAAAGGAAUCGAUUGGGUGCAAAAUAUUUUUAAUCCAAAAGACGAUCAUAACAACCAGAACAACCAGAACAAUCAGAACAAUCAGAAUAAUCAGAACAAUAAUCAUAAUGGUGGUGGUGGUGGUGGUGGCGUGGGUGGAAAUAUUGAAAAAAUUGUACCAGUAAAUGGUCAAAUUCCACAAAUCAACAAUAUAUUCAACAUUAGUUUUUCAGCUAAUAAAUGAUUUUUUUUAAUUAAAUCAAUCAAUUAUUAUCAUCAUCUUCAAUGAAAAAUGAUGAAUGAUAAUGAAUUUUAAAUUU